AUGUCAACCAACACCUCCAUCCGCCAACGCCCACCAGAAGUUUACAAUUCGCCUUCACUAACACUAACUCUGGCCAUUGUCCUCCUAAUCUUCUUCCUCGUUGGUUUCUUCACUGUAUAUCUCUGCAAGUGCUUCAUGGAAUACAUAUCCAACGCAACAUCCUCUCUACGCCGUACCCCAUCCGGCAAUCUCAUCGUCCUUCAGACGGACACUACUGCUAUCGGCCUUGACCCUUCCAUUAUCUCUUCGUUCCCCACAUUUGUAUACUCCGCCGUGAAAGAACUUCGACAGGACCACAAGUGUGGACUAGAAUGCGCCGUCUGCUUAGCAGAGUUCCAACCUGAUGAUUUGCUUCGACUCUUGACCGCAUGUAACCAUGUUUUUCAUUCAGAUUGCAUCGACCUCUGGCUUGGCAACCACACCACCUGCCCCGUCUGCCGCAGGAAUCUUUAUCCUUUCCACAAGUCACCCGAAAAGCAACCGGAGGCCAAUUUGACGGCAUUGACACAACGGGAUGAUACAAGAGAAGAGGAUGGGGAUUGGGAUAGGGAGCAGGAGGAGGAAGAGGACGAGAGAGGACGAAGCCAUGAAAGUGCAAGUGCUAGCAUGAUCAUCACCCAACAAGCUGUAGCUGGAGGCCAUGAAACGGUUGAGAAAUUUUCAAGGUCCCACACAACAGGGCACUCCAUCAUACAUAUUGAAGAGGACGACGAUAGGUUUACGUUGAGAUUGCCGGAGAUUGUAAAAGAGCACCUUGCAAGAGGUCAUAAUUGGACGGGAAGUUGCACUGAAUUUGGGGAUUUCUCAGCUGAUGCCCAUUCAGAAAUAGGUGGCUUGGCCCAAUUCUCACAACUUUCCAGGGGAGACAUAUCUAGGGUAUAA